CUUUUUCUUCUCCUUAACUCUUCAUUAUCCAUUUUCUACUAUCAAGUAAACAUAACAAAGAACAAUAUUAUGUCUGAGAUGAUUAAUCUUUCAACCAUAAAGCUUUUUGGGACAACCAUAUUUCUAACACACAACACUCAUGAUGUCCUUACCAAUGAUUCUUCUCAACAGAAUUCUACAAAACUAGAUGAUCAAAUUGAUAUGUCACAUGACAAAUCUCCAAAGAAACAAGACAUAACUGUUCCAUGUCCAAGAUGUAACAGCAAGGACACAAAAUUCCGGUACUACAACAACUUGAAAGCCAAACAGCCCAGACACUUCUGCAGAAACUGCCAGAGAUACUGGACUUCUGGAGGAAUCGCCAGAAAGAUGCUUGUAGGAGCAGGUCGCCGUAAGAACAAAUUCACUAAUUUUCCUUUAGAUGUCUUGCAUUAUUCUCAAAUGAGUAAUGUCUUGCCCUUUGGAUCAAAUUCUUCUGAUAUCUCUUCAACUUCAUGGAACCAUGCAGUGUGUUAUGCCAUGUCCUUAGGGAAACAUUCUGUGCCAACACAAUCUUGUGGCCCAAGUAAACCUGCACUAAGGAAACAUUCAAGAGAUGGUGACAAGAUCAUAUAUUCCAACUCAGAGAAAGAAAACCUUGGCUUAAAAAGAAACAACAUAGAAAGACAUGAUAGUAAUGAUGAAUUGGUUCCUAAGUUACUAAGAGUUGACGACCCUAAUGAUGUUGUAAUGAGUUCUAUAUGGUCAACAAUAGGAAUUGAGAAUGGGAGAGGAAUUUUCAAGGGAUUUGGAUCUAACUUUCAUGACAAGAAUCAUGUGGUUGAAGCAUCUUCAUCAGUAUUCAAAGUUAACCCUGCAGCUUUACCAAGGUCUAUUGUGUUCCAUGUGAUGAUUUGAUUGGAUAUUCGUAGCAUUCACACCUUAUAUUGUAGGUAUUGAUGACCUAAUCCAAAGCAUGUAGGUGUGUCAGUGUCCGAUAAGGAAACCAUUGUGGCAUAGUAUGUGGUGUGAAUGUCCUGUUUGUUGUAUGUGUCAAUAGUAAAUUAUAGUGACAUAGAUUCAUAAGAUUCCAAAAUGUUUCUUCAUUGAUUCAGAAUUAUAUGACUUUAUUGAUUAAAUAUGUUUGAUGUGCAUAUUAUGUAUGUGACAAGAUAAAUAAAU